CCUUCCCCGGACAGUAGCCUGAGGCAGCGGUAGCACGUACUCUGGUCAACAUGGCUGGCCGAGGUCUUCUGAGAUAUGGUUUACCUUUCGUUCUCACCUCCUUGGUGGCUGCUCUUACUCGCGAUGGGAGGCCGAACGGCAACCUGCCUCCAAUCCCUGCGGCCCCCGCGAUGGACGCGCCCUCGGACACGGCCGUCACCAGUCGCAACGGGACGGUCAUCCCCCCUUACAACACCACCUAUUACUUCGAGCAGUUGAUUGAUCAUAACAAUCCUAGCUUGGGUACGUUCCAGCAACGCUACUGGCACACAUGGGAAAACUACGAAGAGGGCGGUCCCAUCAUCUUGAUGACCCCAGGGGAGGUGAAUGCUGCGGGUUACACCGGUUACCUGACGAACAGGACGAUCAAUGGCCGCAUUGCGCAGCAGCAGAACGGCGCCACCAUUGUUCUGGAGCACCGGUUCUAUGGUCUGUCCAACCCGUACCCAGACUUGAGCUCUCAGAGUUUUAGAGUGCACACCAUCGAGCAAGCGGUGCAGGACUUGGUCUACUUCGCUAAGAAUGUGAAGCUACCUAUGCCUGGCGGUGACGCCGUGACACCAGAUCAAGCCCCGUGGAUUCUGAUUGGCGGAAGCUACUCUGGGGCGCUCACGGGCUGGACCAUGGUUGACCAGCCCGAUGUGUUCUACGCUGGCUAUGCAUCUUCGGCCGUAGUGGAAGCCAUCCUUGACUACUGGGGUUAUUUCGAACCAAUCCGCCAGUAUAUGCCGAGGAACUGCUCUGCAGACGUAGAAGCCGUUAUCGCGCACAUGGACCAAGUCUUCACGUCGGGGACGCCAUCCCAGAUCGCUGCUCUGAAAGCCCAGUUCGGAAUGAGCAACGUGACGCACUUGGACGAUGUUGCAGGCGCUCUGCGGAAUAACCUAUGGGACUGGCAGUCUCUCUCACCCGACACCGGACCAGGCGCGCAGUUCUUCCAGUUCUGUGAUGCUUUGGAGGUCAAGAAUGGCGUCAGUGCGCCUGCCACCGGCUGGGGCCUUGAGCACGCCCUUCAGGCAUGGGGCUCGUAUUUCGCCAACGUCUAUUAUCCAAUUCUCUGCGGCGACGCAGACGCUGAGGAUUGUUUGGGAACAUAUGAUCAGAGCCAAUCGUACUGGACUGACACUUCGAUCGACAAUGCAGGAAGGUCUUGGGAAUGGAUCGUCUGCACGGAAGUAGGAUUCCUCCAGGACGGCGCCCCGCCCAACUGGCCGACUCUCGUCACCCGGCUUGUCCAGCCUGCGUACGAUGAGCGUCAAUGCUCUUACAUGUUCCCAGAAGCAUUCCCGACCUGGCCUGUUCCAAAUGUCACGGCGACUAACGCGAAGUACCAUGGUUGGAACCUGCAAGUCGAUAGACUUUUCUUCGCCAAUGGUCAACGGGAUCCAUGGAGAGAGGCCACUGUCUCCGCUGAUGGGGUAUACGUCCCGAGUACCCCCACACAGCCUAUCGCGGUAGGCGAUGGAUACCACUGCUCCGACCUGAUCGUGGCAAAUGCGGAAGUGGAUGCCACGGUCAUGAAUGUGCAGAAUGAGGCGCUUGGCUAUAUGAAGACGUGGCUAUCACAGUGGAAGAAACCCUGAGACCCUCAUAUUGGGGCGUUAAUGGAUGGGUCAAGGGUUGUCUAGGAUAGCACGCAAACGGGCUUCUUUGUGUAUCAGUCAGACAUUCAUAUCGGAUUGCAUUGUCGUACGAGGCUUCCAAAGAUAUGCACUGACACCGACAAUGUCUGCGCGCGAAUUUGCG